UUCUGACCCUGGCUUUCCCUAUAAACUAUACUCCACCUACACCCCAUGGCGCGGCGUCGGUUCCUCUCUUCCCUUCCAUUUCGUUUCUUGUCGUCUUCUCCAAUCGAAUUCUUCCCCCAAAUCUUAGGGUUAGGGUUUCCUCAGUUCCUUACUUCGUCGCCAGAUUAGUGCGCCAGGCCCCUGAGGUUGCUUUGCGCGUGGCAUGAUGGGCACCGCCGUCGAGCUCGGACGGAGGCAGGGGGAUAGCCGCUUCUACGACGCCGCCAGGGCUCGCCGAGGCCACCAUCACGGCCUUCCCAAGUCGCGGUGCAUCACCGCCGCCGUGUCGCGGGAAAAGGCUUCGGAGGAGCCGUCCCCCUCCCCCGCCGCGGCGUUGCCUGUAGGAGUCGCUGGGAAUCUCGAGCGGUUCGUUGCAGCCGUUACGCUAUCGGUGCCGGCGCACUACCCCUCCAAGAGAGGAAGCGUUGAUGGCGAAUGGGAGAAGCCAUACUUUGUUCUUGGCGACCUAUGGGAGGCCUAUAGGGAGUGGAGUGCGUAUGGUGCUGGGGUGCCGCUUGUUCUUGAUGGGUGCGACGGGGUCGUGCAGUACUAUGUGCCCUACUUGUCUGCCAUCGAGCUCUAUGGGAACCCGGCAGCCCUGCGGUUAUCUUCCAACACAAGACAUAUGAUGGACGAUAGUGACAUGGAUUGCAAUGAUUCCAGCAGUGAUAGUAGCUGUGAUUAUGAACAUGUAAGGGUCAAACACUUAUCGCAGGAAGGCUUGGAAGGCUUCUCUAGCGAUGAUGGUGAAUCUGGAGAUACCAAUGACUGCUUGCUCUUUCAGUACCUUGAGUUUGAUUCUCCAUUUUGCCGUGAACCAUUGACUGAAAAGAUAUCUAGCCUUUCAGCAAGAUUUCCAGGACUGAGGACCCUUGGAAGCUGUGAUUUAUCGCCACGAAGUUGGAUGAGCAUUGCUUGGUAUCCAAUUUACCGAAUCCCUACUGGAUCAACGUUAAAGGAUUUAGAUGCUUGCUUUCUCACUUUCCAUCGGCUUUCUAAUUGCCCACAAGGAGAUCAUAUGUGGGGUCCUGAUAGCGCACCAAGCAUACCGCUCCCAGUUUUUGGUAUGGCUUCUUACAAGUUCAGCAACUCGGUAUGGUCUUCAACUCAUGGAGACUGGCAACUGGCUAGCUGCUUAAGGCAAGCUGCUGCAGAUUGGCUGAGAGAGAGCCAUGCAAGCCAUCCAGACUAUCAGUUCUUUGUUUCUCGUGAUGCAUACCGCAGGUAGUGGCGCACCAAAACUGCACUUUUGGCACAACUCAUAACAGAAUGUCUGAAUGAGAUCUGUUGUAUACAUAACCAAGUCCGAAUGGCUGACUGCUUGCGUACCGUGAUGCAUGACGACACAAGAUUUCAGCUUCCAUGGCGAGGCAGCUUGACCUGAUUUGUAAACUGAUAGGGUCUGCUGUGUUUUAUAGUUCUAGCCAGUCGGUUAUCCUCCUUGGGUAGUCAGGAUGAGAAUGAAAAUAAAAUAGAGGAAAACUAAUAGUGAAAGGUGAGGAAAACCCAUUGCGAGCAGUUGUACUUUCUUAUGUAGUACAAAAAGAAAAGGGGCCGAAUUUUGAUAGAGCCCCCUCUGAACUUGUCGGCAUUACAUAGUAUGGUGUUGAAGAAACUUUUAGCAACUUGGCUGUCUGCCUCAUCUUUUUUGUUUUUGUUUGGUAAGAAUGUCGUUGUACCA